AUGGGAAGUAAUGGUGAAAAACCAAGUCUCGGCCGAAAAGAAUCGACCUAUCCUAUGUCGAUAUGUGCUCCCUCGUCGCUUUCGGAUUUCACAGAUUCCGAUUGUAUUGAACAAAUAUUCCAAACUUCUGCUCCUCAAAGUCCAGUUGAAGAUGAUUGGCUAAAAGCUGACCAUGAAUUGGCAGAAAUCACUGAACGCUGGCUGGCUAUGCAUGGCUUUUUGGAAGGCUAUCGGAUUGUCAAGCUACCGAACACAUUCCGCAGUUGUCUUUCCUGGUCAGCGCUUGUUGACUCUCAGAGUGGAAAGGAAGGCAUGUUGCAGUACCAACGACUUGCUGCAGCCAAGCUCAAGACAUCUGCCUUGUCAGACCCUACUUGUCGGACUGGGAAAAUCAUGAAAAGUGGAAACAUACUUCCUCAUAAACAUCCUAAAAGUGAAAGAGAGCUUGAAGAGAAGCGUAGCACUUUAGCUAUGCUGGGCGAAAAUAGUGACGAGCUUGAAGAGCCUGAGGAGGACAGAGCAAUCGAAGAGGAAAAGGAGGAGGCAAAGGUACCAGCCAAAAUGUUCUCUCGCAGCCUUGGACACCUGUUUUCUUGCAUCUCGCACCUCGCAGGCGACCAACCUUUGCCAGGUCUUUCAGCCACACUCAGUCUUCCAGUCAACAAGCCGCGAGCAGCUUUGCAUGCGAUAUAUCAUCAAUUGGCGGCUUUAAUUGUAUUUGUACAAAGUCAGGGUGGUCAUUUGCCUCUCAUUGCACCAGAGCACCUUAUGGAUAGCCGUGACUAUGCGCAUUGGUUACGUCUUGGUCGUCCUGGACCCACAGUCUCCUCUCGGCAUCUCUUAAUCCCUGAAACCCUCCUUGUGUCUGCCAGAACUCAAGAAUCGGUCGAAAUCUCCAGGUCUACAUCCAGUGUCCCUGGAAAAGAGGCGGCGAAAUUUUUUGGGACAGAAAAAGAUGCUAUGAAUGAGUCUGUCUGCACCUUAACUAAAGGGCUGCAGGGCGUAAGCUCAAAUAUAAGUGAGCAAGACUACGCUGAUUGUUCAAAGGAAGAUAAGUCAAAAAAUCAGUUGGUGAGUCUGAGUUUGGCGCCGAUGGCCGCUUUAAGUGAGGCUGAAUUCGAAAUUGUGUCGCUUAGGGCCUGGACCGAAGUGAUGCUGCAAUUAAUAAAGUGCUUGGUUCUGCGUCGAGUCACACUUACCUCUUUGGGUUCACGUCCGCUUAAUCAACCCAAGCCACCAGUUCCCACAGAACAAAUUGGCUAUCCAUCAAAGCCAUCGGAAUCCACUUCACGAUCGUUCUGCAUGCAAACCGAUAAAUCAGGUGUUAGAGGUUCCGGAGGUUUCCGGGGCCCGAUAUCAUUUGGGAUAAGACAAGCAGGAUCGAUCUUUGCUAAUUGCUACAAUGCGGACGAGAGGGCUCUAUUAUGCUGGCUGUCAGAAUGUGUUCGCAGGGCUGGAGGUGAUCUGCUUUUAUUGUGCCAGAAAAAGGAGCACAGUAACUUUUUUGAAACAUCCUCGCUCAAGCUUGUCGUAAACUUCGACGCUGACUUGCAAGAUGGUUUUGUGUUGGCCUGUGUCUUGGCGACAUACUUACCAUUUUUGAGUUUUUCUAUUGCAUUAAGUCCGGUACACUUUGACAUGUAUUCUAGAUACAGGCGUAAAGGCUCAGUAAAAUUCUCAACGAUUUAUCCUUAUUUCAUAUCCACAUCACGAUACUCGUUGCUGCAAACUACCUCAUAA